AACUGAGCGACUUUCCGAGAUAGGCCUCUUUUCCUCGCGUUUUUUGGGGGGACGGGGUGGAGAGAGAGAGAGAGAGAGAGAGAGAGCGUUGGUGGCGGGCGAUGCAGUGCGGCAACCUCAAGCGACGCUCUGGACCACAGCCGCGGUGACUUGCCAUCCGGCUAUCCUCAAGUUUUUUCGCAGUUGGUCAUGGACUUAACGUAAGCAUCCAAAUCCUGGGAAACGGGAUAUCCGGAAAGUACGGCGAACCAACGUUGGCACGCAUUUUACGUUGACGAGAUAGAGCUGUCGAGCAGCGAAUUCUGGUGAUAAGCUGUGGGGCGGCGGUUUUGUUUAUUAGCCGUCUUCGAGCUGUCUUCGAGCUGGUUUCUUCCUCUUCCCAACUCCAUCUCACAAUUUGCCUUCUACUUUCUGGUUCGAGAUGGCUCCAAGCGUCAAGUCUGUGGACAUUGCGAGCACCGCCAGCGCCUACCAUGCCGCCGCGACGGUGAGCCCAGCAGGAAAGCUGCUGCACAUCUCCGGCCAGCCCGGAACGACCAAGGACGGUGCUGUGCCCAACGACUACGAAUCCCAGAUCCAUUUGGCUCUUCUGAACCUGCGGAAGAUCAUCAUUGCCGCGGGAGCCUCCAUCAAGGAUAUCGUCAAGCUGAACGUCCUGAUUGUCAACUACGACCCCUCCAACCGCAAGCAUACUCGCCACAUCCAGCGGUUCCUCGCCGGUCACCGGCCGGCUAUUACGCUGGUUCCGGUCACCCAGCUUGCUAUCGCAUCAUGGCUGGUUGAGAUUGAUGCCGUUGUCGCCAUCCCAGAACCGUCGCUCCCUCCCUCCCUCCCCCAGGCUACGGAGACGGUUGACGUUGUCAUUGUCGGCGCUGGUCUCGCCGGUUUGUCGGCGGCGCAUGAGGUUCUGCGCGCAGGACUCUCGUGUGUUGUUCUCGAAGCACGAGACCGCGUUGGAGGCAAGACCUGGAGCCAGCCGCUGCAGGACAAGGGCGUCGUUGAACUUGGCGCUGCUUGGAUCAACGACGUGGACCAGCAAAAAGUUUACGGUCUCGCCAAACGCUACGGCGCCGACCUGAUCGAACAGAAUACGCAAGGCGAUGUUGUUUUGCAGGACUUUGAUGGAAGCUGCUCGCCUUUUACUUAUGGCGACUUGCCUAACUUCGACGCAGCAACUCGUGCUCAUAUCGCGUUCAUUCGUGACAAGUGCGAGGCGGACUGCCAGGCCCUUGACGCUUGGAGGCCCAAUGACAACACCCUUGACUCCCUCACUUUCGAGGCCUACCUGCGUGCCAGUGGAGCCGAUGACGCUGCCGUUGCCACCGCUACGGUCUGGACCCGGGCAAUGCUCGGCCAGGACCCCCGUGAUAUGUCCGCUCUCUUCUUCCUGAACUACUGCAAAUCCGGCGGUGGUCUGUUGCAGAUGCGAUCCGAUCGCAAGGGUGGUGGCCAACAUCUCCGCAUCCGCCAGGGUACUCAGUUCUUCUCUCUGGGGCUUGCCUCGGACCUUCCAGAGAAGGUUGUUCGCCUCUCUUGCCCCGUGGAUACUGUCAUCCAGAAUGUCGAUCGAUCGCUCAAGGUCCAGGCCGGCGGGGUCGUGUAUGCCGCUCGCAAACUGAUCACGACCGUCCCAACCCCUGCCCUCAAGAACAUCACCUUUUACCCCAAGCUGCCCCCAGCCAAGCAGAUGUGGAUUGAAUCUACCACCUACGGGUACUACACCAAGGCCAUGAUGGUGUUCAGCGCCCCAUUCUGGAUUGAGCGUGGUUUCUGCGGCCUGGCCCAGUCCUACACCGGUCCCGCCAGUGUGGUUCGCGACACCUCCAGCCCCGCUGACCAGAAGUACGUCCUGACCUGCUUCAUGGCCGCGGACUUUGGCCGCGCCUGGGCCGCGCUGUCCGCCAAGGAGCGCGAACAGCAGCUGCUCGCCCAGUUGGAAAAGCUGUUUGGCGUGUCCAACCUGCAAGAGAAGUUCAUCGAGCUGGUCAUGUACGAAUGGGUGCAGGACCAGUGGGCCGGGUGGGGUUGCCCGUCGACGUCCAUGACCCCCGGCGUGCUCGCCACGCUGGGAGGCGACGCCCUGCGCGACAGCUGCGGCGACAUCCACUUUGCUGGUACCGAGACAGCGGGUGAAUGGAAGGGUUAUAUGGAGGGUGCGAUCCGAAGUGGCGAGCGCGCUGCUGCCGAAGUGAUCAAGGGCUUGAACGGAGCUGUCUCGCGGUUGUAAUUUUGUUUUUGUUUUUUUUUUUUUUUUUUUUUUUU